AUGAUUCUCAAUGGUAUCUCUCGAGCAAGAUUAUCGAUUCCAAGAGGCUCCCUGAAUUUCACGCGGUCUGUAUCGCGUUCAACUCCGCUAUGGCAGCAAAUGUCUGGCAACGACAGCACUGGCUCCAAGAAAAACUCAAAACCCACUGAUUUCAAUCCUAGACAUCUUGGAAUUUCUGCAGAUGUCUACAUCCCGCCCUCAUUUAAAAACCUGCCCAGCGCUUUCAGCCACCCUAUCGUCUUCAGCAACGCUGUGAUCAGACGUAUUUAUACGUUUGGGUUGAAUACCGUUCAAGUGGCAUUAUUUCGAUAUCAAUCCGGUCUCAAGCCCAACUUUCUGCUGUGGAAGAACAGAGCAAUUGAGACUUACGUGGGUGUCAAUAAGGCGUUUGCAGCGCGCCAACUAGAUUCUGUCAAGCCACAAAUGUCGCUGUGGGUCGACGAAGCGUUAACAGCGAGAGCUAAACAAUUACCAAAAAAUGUGGAACUAGACUGGCAGCUGCUUAAGUUUCAUAAGGUACCGAAGUUAGUUUCCGUCCAGGUCAUGAUGAUUCCCGGACGGCCCUUAGAACAUAUUCAGUUGAUCUACAAGUUCGAAACGAAGCAAAGACUAAUCAAGCUGAAUAAAAAUACACAUGAAACUAAUAAACUCGACCGUGAUGUAACGGAUUACGUGGCAUUUUUGUGUGAUGCCUCCACUAACGAGCUAAUUUUGAUUGGAUCUGUAUUCGAAAGCGAGCCAACUGCCAAACUUCCAAAAAAUUACGAAGAUAACAUGCAAACCGCAAUUCAAAGAAUGAAAACGAGUGGGGAUCUUUAUCGCAUAAACUCUAAGUGA